AUGGCCAUCACCAGAAUCGGACUCAUUGCGCUCGCCGACGGCCCUGCGCAAGAUGAGGCGGUGAAGAGGUUCAGCAACUUUGUCAACGACUGCAAAAAGGCAAGUCACAUUAUAAGACUUCCCCCAAUCAUGAGCAUGCUGAGGAGACAUGAGGACGGCUCAACGUACCUCGUCGCCUCAAAGGCUAGCAAGUGCAAGGUCCUGACCGACGUCCCGGGGUCCCAGGCAUGGUCCGUCGUUUACGAGAUUACGUUUGCCAAUGAAGCAGAUAUGGAGUACUACCAGACCAAGGACCCCAUCUACCAGGAGCUGAUGAAGCAGGCUGCUGAGGGCAAGGCGACGGGCUUCAUUGCUGUGUCUGCAGAGUUCUAG